AUGUCGAUUGAAAUCAACUGGGAAACUCUGACCACAGGCUCUGAUGGCGAAGCGCUGGCAGAGAGUAUCAGGGCCUUCAUUCAUGAUCGCUUCCAGAAGAUUGCUCUUCCGCGUAUGAUACGCUCUGUCAAAUGCCACGCCUUCGAGUUUGGCAGCGUUGCUCCAACCAUUGAGCUCAAAGAUGUCUGUGAUCCAUUACCAGACUUUUAUGAGAACGACGCCGACGACAGCCAAGAGGACGAUGAAACUCCUGGCCAAGUCGAUGAGAACCAGCAUAACCUUGUUACUCCCAGGCCCGAGGAAACGCGUCCUCACUAUCACCACAAUCCUUCCUUGAGCCGCGACGAAUUCCACAAUCCUCGCUUGACAAAUUCUCGAGAACACGUAGGAAAUCCAAUUCUAUCACGAACAGCAACCCCAGGCAUCUUGGGAGGCACCUCAAAUCUGGGCUAUUUCCACUUGCCACUAUCAGCGGGCCUCUCAGGUACCACGACCCCACUGGCCGCUGUGGCCGGCGCACAAUUCCACAAUGCGCGACAUGGUCCUUCUCAAUUGGCUCAGUCGCCAGAAAGUAAUUACUCUGACUCCGAGACACGGCACCGCUCAACCUCGUUCGGUUCGCUGACCCCUUCAUCCUCAAAAUCAUCCUCACGUCCAACCUCAAGACAUCUGGACUGGCCUGAGGACCCUUUGCAUCACGUUGAGCAUGACUCGAAUGCGUCUCACCACGGAGCCGGUGACGAGCAAGAACGUAGCCCAGAAGAUGUUCAGAUGGUGUUCCACGUAGCCUACUGUGGCGACGUCAAGCUUAGAUUGACUGCCGAGAUAUCAUUGGACUAUCCAAUGCCAAGUUUUGUAGGGAUUCCGUUGCAGCUCAACAUCACCGGCCUCACUUUCGAUGGUGUUGGUAUAUUGGCUUACAUCAAGAAAAAGGCCCAUUUCUGCUUCCUUUGUCAGGAAGAUGCCGAGUCCUUGAUUGGCGGGUCCUUGACAGGCGAGCACGAGGAGCACAGCAGUCAUUCACCACAGGGCUCACGGAAGUUGGGAGCUCUUUUGGAAGAGAUCAAGGUCGAAAGUGAAAUCGGUCAACGUGAGGGAGGAAAGCAAGUUCUCAAGAAUGUGGGAAAGGUGGAAAAAUUCGUCCUCGAGCAGGUGCGUCGCAUCUUUGAUGACGAAUUUGUGUAUCCCAGCUUCUGGACUUUCUUGGUCUGA